CGCGGUCACACUGGCAGCGGCAGCUGCAAAAAUUCUCAAUAAAUCAUACAAUUAUUUAGUGAAUAAAGAAAGAAUUCCAGAUCGAAUCAUGGAGGAACUUCGUAAGCAUUUAUCAAAGGUCAAUGUGCUGUGCGCCUCAGGCGCCAGUACCCCACCAGUAUACAAAGACGAGUGCGUCUAUUCAUACGACAACCCAGAGACACCCACCGGCCUGUACGUGUGCCUGCAGAGUUUCCUCGGGUUUGGGGAGGCGUAUGUGCGCGAAUAUGCCAGCAAGACUGGCAACACUGUCUUCCUGCACAUCAAGCGCGAAAAGACGCUGAAAGAGGGCGAGAGCGCAGAACAGGAGGAGAAGGAGGCCGCUGCCGAAGCACCGCCAGAGAGCAAGAUCACACGCCUGGCGAUCGGCGUGGAGGGCGGCUACAAUGAGACUGAUUUGGCCAAAAAGUAUGAGAUUAAGGAUACCUACAGCAUUGUGGUGGCUCCCCAGCUGGACAAGAAGCUGCCCUAUCCCGAUCCCGAGCUGCCCAUGCGCGUGACUCAGGCAGUCGAGUCCAUUCUUGCCGCAGAUUCGGCCAUUGCCAAGCUGGAGAAGGCCACACUGAUGGGAACAUGGGACGGCGAGGUGCGCCAAGCAUCGAAGCAUGCAGAAAAUCUUCAGCAGCUAAACAACGGCAAGAGGAUUCCUCCGUCCGGCUGGCAGUGUGAGAAAUGUGAUUUGACCAGCAAUCUGUGGCUGAAUCUAACCGAUGGAUCCAUACUCUGCGGCCGCAAGUUCUUCGAUGGCAGCGGCGGCAACGAUCACGCCGUGGAGCACUACCGCGUGACCAACUACCCGCUGGCCGUCAAGCUGGGCACCAUCACCGCCGACGGCAAGUCCGAUGUGUUCUCCUAUCCGGAGGAUGACAUGGUCACCGAUCCACACCUGGAGAAGCAUCUCUCGCACUUUGGCAUCAACAUGGCGGCCAUGAAGAAGAGCGAAAAGUCGAUGGUCGAGCUGGAGCUGGAGAUUAAUCAGCGCAUCGGCGAAUGGUCGGCGCUCACCGAGAGCGAGAGUGAGCUGCAGCCUCUGGCCGGACCGGGCUACACGGGCAUGCGGAAUCUGGGCAACAGCUGCUACAUCAACAGCGUGAUGCAGGUGCUCUUUGUCAUUCCCGACUUCCAGCAGCGGUUCGUCGGCACCGGCGCAGAGCGCUACUUCAAGGAGUUCCCCAGCGAUCCGGCCAACGACUUUAACAUUCAGAUGGCCAAGCUGGGCAAUGGCCUGCAGUCGGGCAAGUACAGCAGCAUCGUCGAGAACACACUGGACACGGAGAACAUGUCGGGCAUAUCGCCGGCCAUGUUCAAGAAUAUUGUGGGCAAGAAUCAUCCGGAGUUCAGCACCAAGCAGCAGCAGGAUGCCAACGAUUUCUAUUUGCAUUUGCUCACGCUGCUCGAUCGCAAUUCGCGCAACCAAUCGAAUCCGGCGGAUGCUCUCAAAUUCCUGCUGGAGGAUCGUGUCGAGUGCCUGGCCAGUCGCAAGGUCAAGUACAAGACGCGCGAGGAGUACAGCUUCCGGCUGCCCAUACCCCUGGAGAAGGCCACCAAUCUGGACGAGGUGAGGGAGUACCAGGAGCGGGAGCAGGCAGCACGCGAGACCGGACAGCGGCUCAUCGAUCGCGACAUUGUGCGCCACAAGGUGCCGCUGCAGGCCUGCCUGGAGCGUUUCUUUGGCUCCGAGCUCAUCGAGCAGUUCUUCUCGACGGCCAUCAAUGGCAAAACGAACGCCGAGAAGACCACACGCAUGGCCACCAUGCCCGACUUCCUCAUGAUCCAUUUAGGCAAAUUCACGCUGGGCGACGAUUGGGUGCCCAAGAAGCUGGACGUCUCCGUGGACAUGCCCGACGACCUGGACCUGAGCGCCUGGAAGUCCAACGGCGGUGGCCUGCAGCCUGGCGAGGAGCCACUGCCCGAGCCGGCCGCCGAGCAGCCCAAGUUCACGUUCGACGAGGCCGUCAUGUCGGAGCUGCUCACCAUGGGCUUCCCCAACGAGGCCUGCAAGCGGGCCUGUUACCACACCAAGAACAGCGGCCUGGAGGCCGCCUCCAACUGGCUAAUGGAGCACAUUGCAGACGAGGAUAUCUCGGCUCCGUUUGUGGUGCCCAACAAUCGCAUCGGAGACUGCGCCGCCGAGCAGUUUGUGGCCAAUCCGGAGAGCCUGGCCAUGCUCAUGAGCAUGGGAUUCGAUGAGCGUCAGGCGGUGGCCGCACUCAAGGCCACCGAUGGGAAUGUGGAGCGUGCCACAGACUGGAUCUUCUCGCAUGCCGACAGCAUUCCCAUGGACGAGACACCGCCAGCCUCUGCUCCAGCUGCCGCAUCGACUUCUGCUGCGGCCAACUACCGCGAUGGCGGUGGCAAGUACAAGCUUGUGGCAUUUAUCUCCCACAUGGGCACCUCCGCCCAGGUGGGCCACUACGUCUGCCACAUUCGGAAGCAGGGCGAGUGGGUGAUCUACAACGACACGAAGGUGGCCAAGUCACAGAAUCCGCCCAAGGAUCUCGGCUACCUGUAUCUCUACAUGCGCGAUGAGUAGUGAGUCCGAGAGAGUGCGAGAUCUCAACCCAAAACCCACUCCUUGCCCUCCCUCCCACUACUAACUACAACUAUUAUGUGACCCCAUCCCCCAACCCAAA